GGAGGGGAGGGGCCCAGGCAGACCGGUCCCGCCGCGCAGCUCCCGCGGCCGGCUGGCGAUCCGCAGCCGCGCCCGGCCGCUCGGCUCGGCGCAGGCCAGGCAGGAAGAAGGAAGCUACCGGCGGCGGGAGGGCGAGAGCAGCGGCAGCGGGGAGGGAGCUAUGUUUCAGCCAGUGCAGCAGGAAGCCUGAAGAAGCAAUACAAAGUUUGGAAGGUGAAUAUGGAUUCAAAAUCAGCAAUUAACAAAGGCAGAGUGAAGAAUUUGCCACGUCGUGACUGAAGGUACAAGAAAAAAAACCUACGGGGAGAUCAACUCAGCAGCGUAUCUUCCACGUUUGUUAACAGCCUACCAUUGCACGGCUUUGGGAGGAUCUUUGUUAUUGUAUUCUGAAGAACAGAUAACGUUGCCACAAGUACAUAAGCGUGUCACCUAAAAUUUGAUACCAGCUAUAGAGUAGAUGGCUCAGCUUCCUCCUGGGAUUCGCUUCAUCACUUCAUUUUCACGAGAUCAGUGGUACAGAGCCUUCAUUUUUUCUCUCACUUUCUUGUUGUAUGCCAGCUUCCAUUUAUCAAGGAAACCUAUUAGUAUAGUUAAGGGAGAGCUGCAUAAGCAUUGCAGUGCUUCACAUGAAGUUGAAGUCAACUCCUACAAAGAAUAUGCUGCCCAGAUUCAGCCUGUCAAAAAGCCAUCUAAUAUAUCUCAGUGCGGUUGGGAGCCAUUUGAUAAGAACAACUACAAACAGUUACUGGGAGCACUGGAUUACUCAUUUCUGUGUGCAUAUGCAAUUGGAAUGUAUUUAAGUGGAAUAAUAGGAGAACGGCUACCUAUCCGGUACUAUCUGACAGUCGGGAUGCUUGCUAGCGGACUCUUCACUGCAAUGUUUGGAUUGGGUUAUUUCUAUAAUAUACAUAAUCUGUGGUUUUACAUAAUGGCCCAGAUAGCUAAUGGGUUGGUGCAAACUACGGGCUGGCCAAGUGUCGUUACAUGUAUUGGCAACUGGUUUGGAAAAGGAAGGAGAGGUUUGAUCAUGGGAAUCUGGAAUUCACACACUUCAGUGGGAAAUAUCUUGGGAUCUUUAAUUGCUGCUUAUUGGGUGUCUACAUGCUGGGGUCUCUCCUUUGUGAUGCCUGGUGUUAUCAUUGCUGUGAUGGGGAUUGUUUGUUUCCUGUUUCUUAUUGAACAUCCUAAAGAUAUAAGUUGCUCCUGCACACCAUCCAGUAGUUCUAAAACUUUCCUGAAUGGCACAUCUCAAUUCAGAGUCCAGAUGCCAAUCUUAAAUGCUAAGGAAACCAACAAACCUCAGGAUCCAGAGAUGCAGCAUUUGCUUAUUGACAGUGAAAAUUGCAGUGUGUCACUGAACUCCAGCACUGUGGUCACUGGGGAAGGUAGACAUGGGACAUCAGCUAUCAGCUUCCUUGGGGCCUUGCGAAUACCUGGAGUCAUAGAGUUCUCCCUUUGUCUUCUGUUUGCAAAGCUGGUGAGCUAUACUUUCCUCUUCUGGCUUCCCCUCUAUAUCACAAAUGUAGAGCAUCUUGAUGCCAGAAGAGCUGGGGACCUUUCUACACUGUUUGAUGUGGGUGGAAUCUUUGGUGGAAUUUUGGCAGGCCUGAUAUCAGACAGGCUGGAGAAGAGGGCGUCAACCUGCGGAAUGAUGUUACUGCUUGCAGCACCCACAUUGUACAUGUUCUCUGCAGUUAGUAAAAUGGGCCUUGAGGCUACUGUAGUGAUGCUGCUUAUCAGUGGUGCCCUGGUGAAUGGCCCUUAUGCACUGAUCACCACUGCUGUCUCUGCUGACUUGGGUACCCAUAAAAGCCUGAAAGGGAAUGCAAGAGCCUUGUCCACAGUGACAGCGAUCAUCGACGGAACAGGAUCUGUAGGUGCGGCUUUGGGCCCUCUCUUAGCUGGUCUUAUUUCCCCAUCUGGUUGGAACAACGUGUUUUACAUGCUUAUGGUGGCAGAUGCAUGUGCCUUGCUAUUCUUACUCCGUCUUAUUCAGAAGGAACUUCGGUGUAACACAGAUCAUACCCUGUUUAAAGAACACUGAGCUACGAGACCAGAUUUGGAAUAAGGACUGCGUCAGUGAUCAGAGCUCUUCCCUGAAAAACAAACUUCAUGGAAUGCGUUAUUCUAUAUUUAAGAGAUUCUGUUUGGUGAAGAACUUUGCACAUUUACUGGAAGCAAUGUGAGAAAUGCAACUGGUAAAUCCCUGAAGCUCUUAUUUUUGCACAUGAAUAAGUACCUCAGGAUGGCAACUAUUCAUCAGAUGAAGAGACAGGAACUGGAAAGGUUUUAGCAGCACGCCUCAGCUGAGCCAAAGAGAAAUACCAAGUGCCUUUUUAUUUCUUUUGAUAGGAUGUUUUUAAUUAAAAUGCCGAACUGUGUAUUUUCCAAAAACAAGUCAAAACUAGAGCAGAAGGAAGUUGAAAUCAUAACAGUCUAGCAGUGAAACAUCCGAGUGUCAGUGAGCAAAGUAUGUAUCUCUUAUGUCAUCUUGCGCACAUGAAGGGCAUCACUUUAUAGAGCACAAUACCAGCUGGCUAUUAAGAUGCAUUGCUAUUAGUAUUUUGAAGCUGCUCAGACAAUAAUAACCUCACUGUAUUAUUAGUUUUUAACUACAGUACUACUUCUAAUCCCAAGGACAACAUCCAGCCUUUUGGUAGGUAAUGAAAUGGAAUUUAGUGUUGCGGUGUACCGCAGUUAGCAGUUUUCACAGACUCUCUGGAUGGAUGUUAGGCCUCAAUUAGCAUUGUGUGAAAGGAGACCUAAGCAAGAAAAAGUAGAUUAUGAGUCAGAAUUUCCAGUGGGGAGCUCUAAUGAUUUUCAGGACGUUAUAAACUGGUUGUGCAAAUGUCAUAUAACUGUUGUGCUGCUCCACUAGGCUGGGUUGAAAUGAGAGGUUGUUCCUUUGGGGUGGCAGAGAGCUGUGAGCUGUCAUACUUUAGCACUACAGGACUGAACAGAUGAGCUGCCUUAGUGCCUGCUGCCACAGUGAUCUCUGUUGGGUACUCCGCAGUUUCAGUGCUGGUGUGUUCAUGUGGAAGUCAUUGUCAGAUCAAGGCCUUAAUAACCAGAAAUCUCUUUGAGGUGACUAAUUUCAAGUGGCUCUGAAUUUCAGAUUUGGAGCCAAAAUAUCAGAAAAGAAUAAUUACCUAGGUGGUAGGUUGUAAGAGAACAUUUCAGUAACUAGUGUUACCCAGCAAAUAGACGGUUUAAUGUCUUCAAAACAUAUCAUUUCUUUGUACAGCCAUCUCCUUUGCAAAGCAGAUGUUUCUGUGAUUUUUUUUUAAAGAUGUACAAAGUAAAAAGGAAUUUUUUUUUGUAUGAGGUGUUUAUACUUAGAUCACAAAAGCUAGAUAAUUUAAACUGUGUAUUAUUCUUAACUGUAGUUAUUAAAGCUCUCGGCAUAUGUCUUGUUCUGAACUAUGCUCUUAAGUUUUGUGAAACAAUGCAGUAGUCUUUACACUUGAUUAACAAAACAGCACACUCUAAAGUAGACUGCCAAAACAUGGAGAAAUGUCUCAUCAGCUGCUGGUGGUGUGUUCCAUGUGCUGGCACAACACUUAAUUUCCAGGGCUGUUUUGUAAUUGUUCAGUCUGUGAUGAGUUAUUUCACUGGUUUGAUUCAGCACAUGCUUUAUGCUUGACUUGAACAGUAUAAGAAUGUGUUCAUUUUUAACUGUUUUGCUGAACAGAGAUACAGGGAAGACCUCAGUCCCACAAAGACUUAAGGAAGGUACCAAGCCCUUGUAAGGGAAUGGUCUGUGUCGGCCCUGACCCUGCAGUUACCUAGAUGAAUGGUUAACUUCACACAUUUUGAGUAAACCUGUUGAGACCAGUGGGGAUACUCAACAUGUGAAUUCAUAAAUCAGUGCUGCGUUUGGGCUUUAGGCUGUAGUUAAAUUCGACAGAAUUCUGCAGCAAAGUUACUUGAAAGGAAUUCCGUCCUGGUGGCAUGGCACGCUGCCCCUCACUUGGCCAGGCUGACUCUGGGGGGGGUGCUAGCCUGGCCAGGGGACUGGUCUAGUCUCUAAUGGGGGAAAAAUAACAUUGCAACCCCAAAACAGCUGUACUGGCACAACUUCAAUGGCUGUGUGAGGAGGGAGGGAUGGAGGACUUCUUUAGCUGAAGAUGCCAAACCCUUCCCCCCAAAAAGGUAUGUAAAGCUAUAUACUAGUUUAUUGAAACAAUUUAAACUCCGCUGCACUCAAAUUUUGAGAGGCUGUUCCCUAUGGGCUGAAGUCUUAGGUUAAAAUGCUUUCAGUUGUAUUUAACAGUCACACAUUGUAAAGAUAUUUAACUGUGUUUUGGGUUUUACAUAUUUUACUUGUUGGGGCUGCUGCUGUUAUUUAUUUAUUUAUUUGAAUAGCUUUUGCACUGCAGUGACUUGGGUGUGGGAUCACGACAAUGUUGGAGGUGCUGUGCUGAGUCCUUCCUUCCAUCGAUUGUAGGCAGGAGUUAGGACUCCUGGUGUGCCAAAGUCUCCUUCCUUGCUAAUGUGCAGCAUUUCAGUUCCAGCUAUGAAUGUGUUGGACAAAAAGAUUUGCUUUUCUUUCUUAACCCUAAAGGUCCCCCAAGUUGUGAAUAAACUGUGUCUUUUGUUAGUAUCAGGUGUCAAUAUCCAUUAAUCUGAAAAUGAGCAAGACUUGACAAAAUUUUUUGUGUAGAAAUGUGAGUGACCAGUAGGUAGAGCCAAAUUUAAAUAUGACUGCAGGAUUUGUUUCUUGUUUUUUAAUGUUGGUUAUUGUGAAUUUUAUCCAUUUACUGUCCUGUGUUGAAUAAAAAUAGAUUCUACUUUAAAAUGAGAAA